AUGCUUCUGAAGGCUUCCUCUGCUAUGUCCCUCUCCUCCGCCGCCUCCGAGGUCGGCGCGUCCAUCGGAGCCUGCGGGACCUCCUCCUUGAGUUCUGCUCUCCGGCUAUGGAGUAGGAGGCCAAAGAAUGGUCUGUCGCUGGUCGCCAUGGCGUCCGGAGAGGCCGGCGGUCGGGCUCUCACCGGCGUGUUAUUCGAACCCUUCGAAGAGGUGAAGAAGGAGCUGUCCCUUGUGCCCUCUGUUCCGCACCAGUCGCUCGCGCGCCAGAAGUACGUCGACGAGUGCGAGGCGGCCAUCAACGAGCAGAUAAAGUAGGUCCCGGUACUUACCUUUUGGCUUUACGAUUCAGCGCCUUUGCUUUUUGCUGUGAACUUUUUCCUAUUCCUGCUACGGCCUCUCUUUUUCUGUCGAUUCUGCUCAUAUAUCAUCUGAUUCUUGGUUCAAUUCUUUUCAAGAAGAAAAAUCCUAAUUUAAUCGUCUGAUCUGGGAGCUUUCCUUGACUCUGUUGUUUAACCUACAGCAUCGAGUACAAUGUCUCCUACGCCUACCACGCGUUAUUUGCCUACUUCGACAGGGACAACGUCGCCCUCAAGGGCCUCGCCAAGUAAGCUCCGGGAAACGCCUAUCAGUCCCAUUUUCAGGCUCCCAGUGUCACGCCCCCUGGUUUGAUCUCGCUGCUCUGCUCAGGUUUUUCAAGGAAUCCAGCGAGGAGGAACGCCAGCAUGCGGAGAAACUGAUGGAAUAUCAGGUUUUUUGCGCAGUUCUUGUUUACUCUGUCAUAAUCGGUUGUGAAGAAGGUCAUGCCGUAGUCUCAUUCUCGUGUCCUCUUCCUCCUGGUGUUGUUUAGAACAAGCGUGGCGGAAGAGUGAAGCUCCAGACCAUAUUGACGCCCCCUAGUGAAUUCGACGACGCCGAGAAAGGAGAUGCGUUAUAUGGUAAAGCACUAUAUGCUCUUCUUCUCAUUUCUUCUCGUUGGUCCUUGCUGUCUGCAUUCAUACGACAUGUAUCUAUAGCAUGUUAUAUGCUUCUACUGGUAUCCAUAUGAAGUCUAGCCAGAUGUCUGUAUGAGCGUGGACCUUCUCUCUGCGUGGACUGUUCUUUAGAUGGUGCUGAAUAAAUCGGAUGUGCUGUCAUAUCUCCUUUUCCAUGAUUUCUUCGUUUUCCGAUGGUUUGAGGAUUUCUUCACUGUUUCAGCGAUGGAACUUACUCUGUCUCUUGAGAAGCUGGUCAACGAGAAACUUUUAAGUCUACACGCAGUGAGUGCACUGGUCUUCUACUUCAUGAUUCACCCAUUUACCUCAUUUAAGCUGAUUUUACUGUUCCAAUGAUCAGGUGGCAACACGAUCCAACGAUGUUCAGAUGGCAGACUUCAUUGAGAGUGAAUUCUUGGGCGAGCAGGUGAGCGGUGCUCAUUCUGCUGCAUCCUAUUAUUUUAUUUUUUUUCUUCAUUCGAAAAGGAUCAUGCUUCAGUGGGCGAAUUAUAUGAAAUAGCUUGAUUUUAUUCACAUAAUCAAAAAUUAUCUAAUUCUGCUGCUUAAUAAAUUAUGGGCAUUCAUUUGAUAUAAACUAGCUCGUGAACCAAAUAUAAAUCGAUAAAAGUAGGCAUGAACUCCAAGCUCUGUGCUUGUUCGUUUGUGGGGGUUUCUUUCUUCCCGAAAGUAGGUGGAGCUACUUGUCGUCACUCAUGGCUGCCCUCUGUUUCCCUUCGAAAAUACGCAGGUGGAGGCGAUAAAGAAGAUAUCCGAGUACGUAGCUCAGCUGAGGAGGGUGGGCAAGGGACACGGUGAGGCGCCGUCCUCGUUCUUCGACAUUUCAUCCUUCGGAAAGUGGUUCUCAUUUCUUUCUAUUUCGAUCUUCUCUUUCAGGUGUCUGGCACUUCGAUCAGUUGCUUUUGGGCGAGGGAGACGCUGCCUGA